UGUGGGUUGCUGAGAUCCAAAGAUGCACGCCAAGACCGACUCCGUGGUCACGAGCAUCGCGCCCUCGUCGCCCGCCCGGCCGAUGUACUACGUGCAGAGCCCGUCGCGUGACUCCCAUGACGGCGAAAAGACGGCAACGUCGUUCCACUCCAGCCCCGUCCUCAGCCCGGCCCACUCUCCCUCGGCGUGAACGGCUUUAAAAACCAAAUGCCUGAAAUUAGGGUACUUUUUUGUCCGAGUAGUUAGUCCGAGAAGGGGAAGAAGAAGAGCAUGUGAGCCCGACGGAUGAAGAAGUACGGACUCCAGCUUCGAUUUCCGCCGAAGACCUCGAAGCCAGCUCCUCCUCGCCCUCCCCCUCUUGCCUUCGCUUUCGACGGCGACGACGACGAGGAUGACAUCGAGAGGGAAAUCUCACGACAGGCGUCCAAGAACAAGUCUCUCCAGAAGAUCAAGGAGCAGCACAAAAAGGCAAUGGAAGAGGAUCCCUCAGUCUUCGACUACAACGGGGUUUACGACGAGAUGAAGGGGAAGAUUUUGCGCCCCAAGGUUCAGGAUCGAACGGAGAGAAAGUCAAAGUAUAUAGAAACACUUAUGGAGAAAGCAAAACAACGUGAGGGGGAACAUGAAAUUGUAUAUGAGAGGAAGCUGCUGAAAGAGAGGAGCAAGGAUGAUCACCUUUUUGCAGAUAAGGAAAAGUUUGUAAUCGGUGCCUACAAGAAAAAGAUAGCAGAACAAGAAAAAUGGUUGGACGAAGAGAGGCUGCGCCAAAUUCGUGAAGAAAGAGAUGAUGUAACCAAGAAGAGUGACUUCAGCGAUUUUUACUUUGGGCUCGGUGAGAAUGUAGCUUUUGGUGCUCAGUCAGAAGAUGCCACAAAACGAACAGAACAAAAGCCACCCGGAGGCACUUCAGUGGUACCUGAACAUGGCCCUACUGAGAAGAAUGCACAGACAGAUUAUACUCGGGAUACAGAGAAAGAUGAUACCCAAGCCAAGACUUCUAGUCAUACACAGAACAACUCUAAGCAAGCUGUAGAGUUAACAACAUCAGAUGUUACUAUAAAAGAUUACGAUGAUGGUGAUAAAUUGGCAGUUGUGGAUCAAUCAACUGAACGUUAAACGAGAGGUGAUGACGCAUUGGCUUCAGCAAGAGAGCGUUUUUCUAACUCGAAAGAGAGCAAGACAGCAGUUGGAAAGCAAUUGUUUCAUCUCUAUUUAGCACUUUUAUCUG